AUGAAGGUGAAGGUAUUUCUUUUCUUUGUGUUUCUGUUAAUGGUGCCUCUAUGUGGCACUGCGGCCCAACCGAGCAUGGCGAAUCUUGAUGUCAAGAGGAAUUGGACUCGUACAAACGAGCGGCCUUGUCGUGAAGGUUUUGCAAGUGGAAUAAUUGAUCUAGGAGGAUUACAAUUGUGUCAAGUAUCGACAUUCGCUGAGGUGUGGGCUACAAAAGAAGGCGGACCGGAUAAUCUUGGUGCAACAUUUUUUGAACCACAUUCUAUACCAGAUGAAUUCUUUUUGCUAGGAUUCUAUAGCCAAGCCAACAACAGGCCUUUAUCUGGAUGGGUUCUUGCAGCAAAAGAUGCCAAAAAUGAAGGUCUCUUGAAGGAACCAGUUGACUACACUCUUGUUUGGAGUAGUGAAUCUUUGAACAUUAAUCAAGAUGGUGUUGGCUAUAUCUGGCUUCCAACACCUCCUGAUGGCUACAAAGCCAUCGGACACGUUGUCACGAGUUCUCCUGAGAAGCCGGUCAUCGACAAAAUCCGAUGCGUUCGCUCUGAUUUCACAGAUUCCUAUGAAAGUGAUGAUUGGAUUUGGGGGCCAGACAAUGAUAUUAAUGCAAAUAAUAUCAAUGUUUAUAGCACAAGACCAUCAGUUAGAGGAACUCAAGCCAUGGGGAUUUCUACAGGAACAUUUAUAGCCCAAAACAAUGGGGCUGCUGGAUCAACUCUGGCAUGUUUGAAGAAUGCAAAUGCCAAUAAAAAUGCUUUGCCUAAUUCAGAUCAGAUUGAGGCAUUGAUUCAAGCUUACUCUCCUUAUAUCUAUUUUCAUCCUGAUGAAAACUACUUUCCUUCCUCAGUGACUUGGUUUUUUCGAAAGGGGGGUGAAAAUGAUGGUGCCUAUUGGAUAGACCUUCCUAUGAAUAAGGAAGAAAAAAAGAUAGUCAAGCAAGGAGAUCUACAAGAUGCCUAUGCUUAUGUACAUGUUAAACCCAUGCUUGGUGCAACAUUUACAGACAUAGCAAUAUGGAUAUUUUACCCUUUCAAUGGUCCUAGCAAGGCGAAAGUCGGAUUCUUCAAUGUUCACUUGGGGAAAAUCGGAGAACAUGUUGAAUUGGAGUUCGAAAAUGGUAACAAACCCGUGGUCUAUUCAUCGUUACAUGGCCAUGCCGCGUAUCCAAAACCCGGCCUUGUUCUACUAGGGAAAGGGAACUUUGGCAUAAGAGAUGAUUCUGGGAAGGGGAUUUUUUCCAUGGACACCGGAGCAAAGUUUUUAGUGGUGAAUGCAGAUUAUAUGGGGUCUGUCUAUGAAGAUCCACCAUGGCUCAAUUAUACAAGAGAAUGGGGUCCACAUAUAACCUACGAAAUUGAGGAUGAACUCAAGCUGAUUGCGUUGUUUUUGCAGGGGAAAUUAAAGACUAAAUUUUUAAAAUUUGUGAUGAGUCUUCCUAAGGAGAUGCUGGGGGAGGAGGGACCUACUGGGCCCAUGGUUAAAGAUAAUUGGCUUGGGGAUGAAAUAGUUUGA